AGGCUUCAAGAGGAUCGCGGAGGAGAGCGGUGUGUGUGAGCGCGCGUUAGAGAAGUUCAUGUUGGACAGUGUCCGUGUGUGUAUAAAGCUUAGCCUGUGGGCACGUAGUUCAUAUAGAGGAGGAGAGAAGGUAGCGCUGUAAGCAAGAUGCUGAAGAACUGGGGGAAGAAGCUGCUGCUGUCUAUAGUGGGUGCAACUCUCACCUGCCUGCUGGUGCUCGUGGUGGAUCAGCAGAGUCGGCACAUGCUGGAGACACAGAGUGACCAUGAGCCCGGGUCCGCCGCCGCUGUCCAUUUACGGGCAGAUUUGGACCCCGCCAACCCCGGGGAUGGGGGAGACCCCGCUAACAGCGCCCAGGAUUCCGGCACCUUCUCGGCUUAUUUCAACAAGCUCACCAGGGUGAGGAGAGACGUGGAGCAGGUGGCGGCCCCAUCCAAAGAUUCCGCGGCUCCCGAGGAAGACAUCACCGCCAACGAUGUGUUUAUAGCCGUGAAGACCACCAAGAAAUUCCACCGCUCCCGAAUGGACCUGCUCAUGGACACGUGGAUCUCCAGAAACAAGGAGCAAACUUUCAUCUUCACUGAUGGGGAAGACGAAGAGCUUCAGAAAAAGACAGGCAAUGUCAUUAGUACAAACUGCUCAGCUGCUCACAGUCGCCAAGCCCUUUCCUGCAAGAUGGCAGUGGAAUAUGACAAGUUCAUAGAGUCUGACAAGAAGUGGUUCUGCCAUGUGGAUGAUGAUAACUAUGUAAAUGUCCGGACGCUAGUGAAACUGCUUUCUCGUUACUCCCACACCAAUGAUAUUUACAUUGGGAAACCCAGCUUAGACCGGCCAAUCCAAGCUACAGAGCGCAUCAGUGAGAGCAAUAUGCGUCCUGUCAACUUUUGGUUUGCUACUGGAGGAGCCGGCUUCUGUAUUAGCCGAGGGUUGGCCCUUAAAAUGAGUCCAUGGGCAAGUGGAGGACAUUUCAUGAAUACAGCAGAAAAGAUCAGGCUCCCCGAUGACUGCACCAUUGGUUAUAUCAUUGAGUCUGUGCUGGGAGUGAAACUUAUUCGCAGUAACCUCUUCCAUUCGCAUCUGGAGAAUCUGCAUCAAGUUCCCCAGAGUGAGAUCCACAAUCAGGUGACCUUAAGUUAUGGGAUGUUUGAAAACAAGAGGAACGCCAUUUUGAUGAAGGGUGCCUUUUCUGCAGAGGAAGAUCCUUCACGGUUCCGGUCUGUCCACUGCCUACUAUACCCAGAUACUCCCUGGUGUCCGUGGAAAGCUGCUUACUAGAAGACCUCAAAUCUUCUGCAAACUCGUCCCAAGUUUUCCCUGGUAUCCAAAGGGCUUGUGGGACCUGUACGUUGUCCUGUGCUGUGAAAAUUGCUUGUAUUUUAAUUCUGUGCUUAUCGCACAGUGUUAUGUUCUAUUAGGCUGCUGUGCGGCCGC